AUGGAUGAAUUGAAAUGGGAUGCUAUACGCAACGGGGAUCUGGAGACCCUCGCGAGCGUUGUUUUGUCAAGCUCGUCUGCUCGUCGCAUGCGAGCUCUCCAGUCAAUCCGAGAAAAGAACGGAGACGUCCUGUCAGAAGAGAACAGUAAACCUAUCCUCGAUCUCCUCAUUCAAACAUAUCCGUUAUACGUCGACCGAAACUCUCGAUUAGCCGUACAGCAAUGCCUUCGCACGAUCUUGAAAUCUAUAACCGAGCGGGAUACUAAGUACUUGGCCGCAAGAUUACAGAAGGAAUGCGCGAAACCUAGUCUUUCUGCCGCAUCUGCCUUUGUCCUCGUCGAGUGGUGCUGUAUUCUUCUCCAACACCUAAGCAAUAUCGAGGCUCCUAUAGGUGCUGUUCUGGACGUUAUAUCUGCCAAUGCGAACGUCUUAGAAUUGUGUUUGGGAGAGACAUCGAGACCAACAGUGCGACAAUCUGCUCUUCGAAUAACCCGUCGUGCGUUGAGGGCUAUUUUUACGUCACGGAGUUUAGGCGAGGACGCGAUACGUGAGUCGGUUUCAAAGCUCACUACGGGUACUUCGGCGCAGAAAAACGCACCCUUCAUUGGCGUAAUCUCCGGAGUUUGUGCACGUCUUGCGGCAAGGAAAGACGUCUUGGCUGGUUUAAAGAAGUCGAUAUUGGUUUUCUAUACUAAGGAGAUACUGGGUUCGCGAAGUCAAGUGCCUCCACAUAUAGCAAAUGGGCUAUCGGACUUUUUUGCAUCAUUCGUCACCUAUGACGAUGUUCUGGCCGAUAUCGUCCCAACGCUAGAAAAAUCUGUACUGAGGUCUCCUGAGAUUAUACUCAACGGCAUAAUUCCACCUCUCUGCUCGUCUCUCUCAGCCGAAAUCGAUCUUUCCGAGCCCGUCAAUGCACGCCUAUCUAAGCCUCUUUUGUCCAGUCUAAAAUCCACGAAUGCGAUCAUUAGACAGGGUGCCACACAGUCAUUCCAAGCUCUGAUAUCUAAAUGCAAGACCGAGGAACCUCUUCUGAAGGUGGCCAACGAGAUUCUAGGGCCAUUGAAGACUGGGAAAAUCUCGAAUGCUGACCAACGUGCCUCGUAUGCUGACGUGUUAUCGGCAAUCCCUUGCUACAAGACCAUAUCUCUAGAGGUGGUCACACAUUUGGUUACAGUGGGUGCCAAGGAGUCGAGCGAAAUUGCCCUCUUAUCAGAAGUCAAAGCUAUAUGCAAACAUCUGGCUUAUCUAAUUGAUUCUGAAGUAUCCGUCAAAGAUGAGACGAUCGCGGCUAUUGCAAAGGCAUCUGCGGAUAAACGUGUGCCUUUCCGUAGACUCUGGCAACUUCAUAUUGCGGACUUAUUCUGGAACACCGAUUUAGGAAAGUUGACUAGCCCAUUGAGCCAAAAACUGAUUGAGUCUGUCCUCACUAAAGUAAAAGAUUCAUUCACAGAAUCUGUUGCCAAUCCUCUUCCAUCUGCCCAGAGUGGCCUGGUUUCUGCUGCUUAUGGUUAUAUUUCUCUGUGCGGUCUGUUGAAAGAUUCGCAGGCGACUGCAAAAUCAGAAUGGAAAACUAUCAUUCAGCAAUCGGCUUCAAUGACACCAAAGCCGUCAUUCUUGUUAAAUCCAAAGGUUUAUAGCAAGUUGACCACAGAAGAAGACUUCCGAUGGAAAGUAAGGGCGCUUGCGACAGUCGCAAAUGGCUCUAUGUUGCGUACCUAUGAUGCAGCAAGUAAAGGCGCAUGGGGUCAGGCGUUUAUUUUCACAAUCGCUAGCCCAAGCGUCCCUCGAAAGAUCAAAGACGAGGCUUGCCAGGCUUUGACAAAGGUAUACCUGGAUGAUGCUACGACAGUGGGAAGUGUUAUUGUUAAUGCAUUAUGGGCUUGGGUCCUUGCCUUGUCAGUUGCUGACAAGGAAUCUGGUGCAGUAGCUGCAGGCCAUGGAAGCCGAGAUCUACUUCACUUUGUAGUAAAAGCCAUAUGUCCCAGUGCAUCCGGCUCGGAGCCAUUUUCAGAUGAUGUCCAAACAGCGCUUAAAGAUCAGAUGAUUAGACUCCUUGUCCUCUGCCGCCAGGAACUGAUACCUAGAGUAUCCUGGAUUGACCUCUGCUUAAAGACGGGCCUAGAUCCUGGAAAACUUGUAUCCGAUCACUCCGAAGACUCUAUCCAGCAGCUCAUACAGGUAUCGGAGGACCCUGUGCAGUCAAAGAUCCCACAUGCAAGUGAUGCUGUUGGAAGCGCAGCAGCAGAUCUAGCUUUCGUUGCCCCGGACGCGAUGAUACCGCGUAUCGUUAAGAUAAUCAGCGAGGAUCUAGCAAGUGAUCGAAUCUCCAAAUUUACGCCUACCGAUGCUGCAAUCACACGCACACCAGAAGGCACAACUUUUGUGGAUGUGCUUAACACAAAAGCCACCCAACCAUUGUCAAACAAGAACAUCAAGGACUAUGACACAUUGAAAUGGGAAGAGGAGCUCCGAGCACAGAUUGCACAAAAGACGGGACAACCCAAGAAGAAGCUCACGGCAGACGAGCAACAGAAGGUCAAGGCACAAUUGGAGAAAGAAGCUAAAAUCCGUGAAACUGUGCUCUCUGAAAUCAAGAGGAUUGAACGAGGCUGUGUGAUUGUUCGUGGGCUUGCCACCGGACCACCAACUGACACCGACGGAUGGAUCAACACUGCGAUUACAACUCUUCUUUCUCUAGCACGUCUUAAUGCCGGCCUUUUUGUGGGUGAUGCCGUUUCGAAAGCGUACAUUGCUUGCGCGGAGAAGCUUUCUUCGAGACUUGGCCUACUACGACCGUUUAUUGGAGUCGCGACCCUUCGAGCAAUAGGCAAUACUAAUCUAUCUCCUGAUCUAGAAGCCGAACCACUAGGAGACCUCGUCACAAGAAUUCUAUACAGAUUACGCUUUACUUCUGAACAAUUACCCUUCGAACCAACGUCACUCGCCUACCUCUUGCCAUUGAUAGCCUUAGUAUUGACUCGAGAUGGUAUCGAGGAACAGAAAGGGGAGGAUGGCGGAGAACAAGUUCUUUUGUCACUAGAGUUUCUGUCAUUUCACUCUUCUUCCUUCUCCGACACUAGGCUGCCCCGUAGUGAGGUCCUUCAGCAUCUCAUUAUGUCGCUGCACAAGUAUUCGCAGCAUUAUAAAUUGGUUAAGGAUACGCUGUUUGAUCUCUGCAGAUGCAUUUCUCAAAACAUUUCACCAGAAGAACUCGAAGUUCUUUUUGAGGGUGCCAUUGCACCAGAUGUGUCAGUUCGGACCGCUGUUCUACAAGCAAUUGAAGCUGAGAUCGAUUUAACUGACCUUGAUUUCUCCGAACAUAUCUGGUUAUGUUGCCAUGAUCAGGUGGAGGAGAAUGCGGAGAUUGCGGAGGCUAUCUGGGAAGACAACGCUCUUGACGUUGACGAAUCAUCGUAUUUGAAGAUUCUUAAGUAUCUGGAUGCCAAGGACGGCCAGCUUCGAGGUGCUGCGGCUCGAGCUCUUGCCCAUUCUGUCGAGCUAAACCCCUCAACAUUCGAGGUUGUUCUUUCUGGCUUGCAGUCUAGAUACUCGGAUGAAGUCAAGCCCAAGGCUCCUGGCAAAGACAAAUAUGGAAUGCCCUUGAAAGCUGACGUAACGGACUCUUGGGAAAUUAGAAGUGGUAUAGCUCUGACCUUCAAAGCGAUGACAACACUUUUUGAGAAAGAUCGAAUUGUGUCAUUCAUGAAAUUCUUGAUAGAGAAUGGACCCUUGAUCGACAAAAACGCCCUGGUCAGAGAGCAAAUGGCAGAUAGCGGUAGAUUGGUUAUCGAGCAGCGAGGACAAGAAAGAGUCGAAGAACUAAUGACGUUGUUCGAAAUGACUCUCGAAACUUCCGACAAGGCCACUGAAAGCUCUGACUGGCUCAAUGAGUCAGUCAUCGUACUUUAUGGAUCGUUAGCAAGACAUCUGAAAUCCAAGGACUCACGCUUGGAUACAGUCAUCAAGAAAUUACUUGCCGCUCUUCCCACGCCAUCGGAGAUGGUGCAAUCUGCAGUGGCUGGGUGUCUUCCUCCCUUGAUCAGAUUAUCCGGUCCAACUGAAACCGAGGGCUACAUCAGCCAACUACUAGAGCAACUUCUCCAGUCCAAAAAGUAUGCAUCGCGACGUGGAGCAGCGUAUGGACUCGCUGGUAUUGUCCAAGGCAGAGGCAUUACAGCUCUCCGAAAAUAUCGUAUCAUGUCAUCUCUCACAGAUGCCCUUGACAAUAAGAAGGAUCCGAACCAACGUCAAGGAGCUCUUUUGGCUUAUGAGCUCUUCUCUGCUGUGCUUGGAAGGGUCUUUGAACCUUACGUGAUUCAAAUCGUGCCCCAUUUGCUGACAAGCUUUGGUGACCCUAGUAUUGAUGUGAGAGAUGCCUGCCUUGACGCUUCAAAAACCUGCGUUGCAAGUUUGAGUUCCUAUGGUGUUAAGCAAAUCCUUCCGACACUUCUAGAAGGUCUUGAUGACACACAAUGGCGUAGCAAAAAGGGUGCUUGUGACCUUCUAGGUGCAAUGGCAUAUCUCGAUCCUCAGCAACUUGCAAUCAGUUUGCCGGAUAUCAUUCCUCCACUCACUGUCGUGCUGAAUGACAGCCACAAAGAGGUCCGCAACGCGGCCAACCGCAGCUUGCAGCGUUUCGGUGAGGUCAUCAGCAAUCCAGAAGUAAAAAGCCUGGUUGGAAUUCUUCUCAAAGCUCUUAGCGAUCCCACAAAAUACACGGACGAAGCAUUGGACUCGCUCAUCAAAGUAUCAUUUGUCCAUUAUCUGGAUGCCCCUUCGCUUGCUCUUGUUGUUCGUAUAUUGGAGCGUGGACUCAGCGAUCGAUCAAACACAAAACGCAAAGCUGCUCAGAUCAUCGGCAGUCUUGCCCAUCUGACCGAGAGAAAGGACCUUAUUUCUCACUUGCCCAUUCUGGUUGCUGGCUUGCGUCUGGCAAUAGUGGACCCUGUUCCCACUACACGAGCCACCGCUUCCAAGGCUCUUGGAUCUCUCAUCGAAAAAUUGGGAGAAGACGCACUUCCAGAUCUCAUCCCAAGUCUCAUGGCCACCCUCAAAUCGGACACCGGAGCAGGCGACCGAUUGGGAUCUGCGCAAGCUCUGUCGGAGGUUCUUGCUGGCCUCGGAACAACCCGCCUCGAAGAAACCUUGCCAACUAUCUUACAGAAUGUCUCCAGUUCCAAGCCAUCUGUCAGAGAAGGUUUCAUGUCAUUAUUCAUUUUCUUGCCAGCUUGUUUCGGUAACAGUUUCGCCACUUAUCUCAACAAGAUUAUCCCCCCCAUUUUGGCGGGUCUGGCCGAUGAUAUCGAGGCGAUCCGUGAGACAGCGUUGCGAGCAGGUCGUCUCUUGGUUAAGAACUUCUCCUCCAAGGCCAUUGAUCUUCUUUUACCUGAAUUAGAGCGUGGUUUGGCAGACGACAGCCACAGAAUCAGACUUAGCUCAGUCGAACUCGUUGGAGACCUCUUAUUCAACCUUACCGGUAUUACCAACAAGGUCGAUGCGGAGGAACAAGAGGAAGGUGCGGCUCAGGCUGGCCAAUCCUUGCUUGCCAUUCUCGGAGAAGAGAAACGAAACAAGGUGUUAUCUGCUCUCUAUAUUUGUCGCUGCGACACAUCUGGUUUGGUACGAAGCGCAGCAAUCACAGUCUGGAAAGCCCUUGUUGCCACUCCUAGAACACUUAAGGAAUUGGUUCCCACUCUCACGCAACUCAUCAUUCGCCGCCUUGGAUCAUCCAACAUGGAACAGAAGGUUAUUGCGGGCAAUGCUCUGGGAGACCUCAUCAAGAAAGCUGGUGAAAGCGUUCUGGCCACUUUGUUGCCUUCACUUGAGGAUGGACUCAGAACAUCAACCGACGUAGAUGCCAGACAAGGUAUCUGUAUUGCACUUCGUGAAUUGAUUACAUCAGCGUCUCCAGAGGCCUUGGAAGACUACGAGAAAGUUCUCAUCUCCAUUGUGCGGGUUGCCCUGGUUGAUAGUGAUGGGGAGGUCAGAGAGGCUGCAGCUGAAGCGUUUGAUGCCUUACAACGUAUUCUGGGCAAGAAGGCAGUUGAUCAAGUAUUGCCAUAUCUUCUAUCUCUUCUUAGGAAUGAGGAAGACGCUGAGCAGGCUUUAUCUGCUCUUCUUACUCUGCUUACCGAAACCACACGUUCUAACAUUAUUCUCCCUAACCUGAUCCCCACACUGCUUGUAUCUCCUAUCACUAUCUUCAAUGCAAGAGCACUCGCAUCUCUGGCAGAAGUGGCUAGCUCAGCGAUGAACCGUCGCCUACCCGCGAUACUCAAUGCCCUCAUGGACGAAAUGAUAUCGACUCAGGACGAGGAACUUCGAGCAGAAUUCAGCUCCUCAUUCGAUACCAUCCUCCUAUCUGUUGAUGAGUUUGAUGGUUUGAACGUUGCGAUGAACGCUAUGAUGACAUUAAUGAAACAUGACGAUCACCGCCGACGAGCAAACGCUUCUGAACGCUUAGCCAAAUUCUUCUCCGAUGCUGAGAUCGAUUAUUCCAGAUACCACCAAGACCUUAUUCGCGUGUUCCUCAUUUCGUUUGACGACAGGGAUAAGAGUGUUGUCAAGGCUUCUUGGUCUGCGCUUAGCCAAUUGACAUCGCACAUGCGUAAAGAAGAAAUGGAACUGUUGGUGGUUUCUACACGUCAAACCUUGAGGCAAGUCGGUGUUUCUGGCGCUCCUCUUCCAGGUUUCAGUUUGCCCAAGGGUAUCAUGGCAAUUUUCCCUAUCUUCCUUCAGGGUUUACUCAAUGGAAAUACGGAACAGCGAACGCAGGCUGCACUGGCUAUUGCAGAUAUCAUUGACAGGACGGCAGCAGAUUCUCUCAAACCAUUCGUCACUCAAAUCACAGGUCCGCUUAUUCGUGUUGUUUCUGAGAGAUCUGUGGAUAUCAAAGCGGCAGUCUUUUAUGCACUCAACAAGCUUUUAGAGAAGAUACCACUAGCUGUCAAGCCUUUCUUGCCUCAACUCCAGCGAACUUUCGCCAGGGGUUUGGCAGACACCACCAGCGAGACUUUACGAAACCGGGCUGCCAAGGGUUUGGGUAUCUUGAUUACCCUUACACCUCGUGUGGAUCCUCUAGUUGCGGAAUUGGUUACUGGCUCCAAGACAGACGAUGAUGGAGUUAAGAACGCCAUGAUGAAGGCACUUCUCGAGGUUGUGGACAAGGCGGGUGGUAGCAUGAGCGAGGCAUCAAGAAAUGCAGUACUAGGUCUUAUAGAUGACGAUAGUAGCGAUCGUACAGAUGCAAUGGCCACGACCAACGCCAAAUUGCUUGGUGCACUGGUGAAGAACCUGCCCGUUGGUACAGCCGUGCCACUGAUUAAAUCUCGUGUGUUGACUACAAACUUUUCUCAUGCUUCUAUCCUGGGCUUGAACGCUCUUCUUGUGGAGGCUCCAAAGAUGCUGCUGGAGAACUUCGCGACUGAGACGCCGUCGGUGAUUUGCCAAGGAGUUGCAAACUCGGAUCCCUACGUAUCCGAUAACAGUGUCCUAGCAGCUGGAAAAUACAUUCUUGCUGAGAGCGAGAGCAAGAGCUUCGAGUCGACAAAGACUGUCUUCGAGAGCCUUGCAUCAGUGAUACCCUCCGGUCAUCCAGCAGAUACUAGGCGUCUCGCUCUUGUUGUCUUGCGCACCAUUAGCCGCCUUCAUCCCGAGUAUACUAGGCCACACCUAGCACAACUCGUGCCACCCAUCUUCAGCAGCGUCCGUGAUCCAACUAUUCCUGUGAAGCUUGCCGCCGAAGCUGCUUUCCUUGCGAUAUUUGACGUGGUGGAAUCCGAGAGUGCUGUAUUCGAUAAGUAUAUGGCUGGGCCGGGUGCGGAACUGCCAGCAGGCCCCAAACGAAGUAUUUCGGACUACUUCAAGCGUGUUGCUCUACGACUAGCUACUCAGGCCCGCGAACGACGAGAAGCAGAGGGUGGCCAGGGUGGUUUAGGCCUGUCCAACGACGAGUCAAUCGAUCCGACCGACAAACUUUUUACGCCAAACGACCGUCGACACGCCGACAUCAAGAUGGUCAACCUCACCACCCAGAAGCGCCUUGCGGCGUCCGUGAUCGGCUGCGGUAAGCGCAAGGUCUGGCUCGAUCCCAAUGAGAUGAGCGAAAUCUCCAACGCCAACUCCCGCCAAACUGUCCGCAAGUUGGUCAGCGAUGGCUUGAUCAUCCGCAAGCCCGUCACCAUGCACUCUCGCGCCCGUGCCCGUGAACUCAAUGCCGCUCGCCGAAUGGGCAGACACCGUGGUUUGGGUAAGCGUAAGGGUACCAAGGACGCUCGUAUGCCAAGCCAAGUCCUCUGGAUGCGUCGCCAGCGUGUUCUCCGCCGUCUCCUCGUCAAGUACCGUGCCUCUGGCAAGAUCGACAAGCACCUCUACCACGAGCUCUACCACUUGAGCAAGGGUAACACCUUCAAGCACAAGCGUGCUCUCGUUGAACACAUCCACAAGGCCAAGGCCGAGAAGCAGCGUGAGCGUGUCCUCAAGGAAGAGAUGGACGCUAAGCGUGCUAAGACCAAGGCCGCCCGUGAGCGACGACAGGAGCGUAUCCUCGCCAAGCGAAAUGCUUUGAUUGGUGAGGAGGAAGCCCAGGAGUAA